CGCCUCUUCAUGCUCAAGUAUCUGUGUACUACGAUCUUAUGCAUUUUUCACGUCUUGCCAGUCAUCAAUCAUGCAAAAGGAGAAGAGGGUACUGAUCAAGAAAUGGCACAGUACAGAGAAAGGAUAAAGUCUAUGUUUUAUCACGCUUAUAACAGUUAUUUGGACAAUGCUUUUCCAUAUGAUGAGCUGCGACCCUUGACUUGUGAUGGACAGGAUACUUGGGGCAGCUUUUCCCUGACUUUAAUAGAUGCACUGGAUACUCUGUUGAUUUUAGGAAACCAUACUGAAUUUCAACGUGUAGCAUCUUUGCUGCAGGACACUGUGGACUUUGACAUUGAUGUAAAUGCCUCUGUCUUUGAAACAAACAUUCGGGUGGUGGGGGGGCUACUCUCAGCUCACUUGCUCUCGAAACGGGCAGGGAUGGAGUUAGAGGUGGGGUGGCCCUGUUCUGGACCUCUUCUCCGCAUGGCAGAGGAAGCUGCUCGUAAACUUCUGCCAGCGUUCCAGACUCCUACGGGGAUGCCAUAUGGCACAGUGAACCUGCUGAUGGGGGUGAACCCCACAGAGACCCCGGUCACCUGCACUGCUGGUGUUGGCACCUUCAUCCUGGAGUUUGCCACCUUGAGCCGGCUCACGGGUGACCCGGUGUUUGAGGACGUGGCUCGCAAGGCGCUGAGAUCACUGUGGAAAACGCGCUCUGACAUUGGACUGGUGGGAAACCACAUUGAUGUCAUCAGCUCCAAGUGGGUAGCUCAGGAUGCUGGUAUAGGAGCUGGAGUGGACUCCUACUUUGAGUACCUGGUAAAGGGCGCCAUCAUGCUACAAGAUGAGGAAUUGCUAUCCAUGUUCUCAGAGUAUGACAAGUCCAUUAAGAACUACACAAAGUUUGAUGACUGGUACCUCUGGGUGCAGAUGCACAAAGGAACUGUUUCCAUGCCAGUCUUUCAGUCCCUGGAGGCCUUCUGGCCUGGGCUGCAGAGCCUGCUUGGUGACCUGGAAAAUGCUAUGAGGACCUUCCACAACUACUACACUGUGUGGCGGCAGUUUGGGGGCCUGCCAGAGUUCUACAGCAUUCCUCAGGGAUACACAGUGGAUAAGAGAGAGGGCUACCCGCUGCGGCCAGAGCUGAUAGAGAGUGCGAUGUACCUGUAUCGGGCCACAGGUGACCCCACCGUAUUGCAGUUGGGCCGUGAUGCUGUGGAGUCUAUCGAGAAGAUCACCAGAGUCCACUGUGGUUUUGCUAGUGUAAAGGAUAUGAGGGAUCACAAGCUGGACAAUCGCAUGGAGUCCUUCUUCCUAGCUGAGACCGUCAAGUACCUCUACCUCCUCUUUGACCCAGACAACUUCCUGCACAACAGUGGCUCUCAGUUCCACACAGGCAAUGGCCCUCAGGGGGACUGCGUCCUGGGUGCCGGGGGCUAUAUCUUCAACACAGAGGCCCAUCCUCUGGACCCUGCCGCCCUGCACUGCUGCAGCAGGGCGCAGGGGGAGAGGUGGGAGCUUCAGGACAUCCUGCUCAGCUUUUCGGAGCCAGUCGGUCCAUCUGCAGCCCAAACGGGAGAGGAGGGCGACCCUGCAGACGUCUCCUCUGAGAGUAUAGCCCUCAAGCCUGGGGCCAGGAGGAAAUCUCGGGCACUGUCCUGCCCAAUGCAACCGUUCAGCUCCAGACUUGCCGUUCUCGGUCAGAUCUUCACUGACAGCACAUGAUUGGAUUUGUUGUUAAAAAAUAAAAAAUAAAAGUUUGUAUUUAUUAACAGGUAUGCAGUGUAUUACUGUGUUGUACUACUAAUUUUGGGUCAUAAAGUGUAUACACAGGCAAAUUUCUCCAGAGGAAAGUGUAUUUGUUACAUGAAAUACAGGUCAAAAUUAGAAGAACAAGGGCCAGUAGGCAAUAAUUUAAAGGUCAUUUUUGAACUGAUGAUUCACAGUAUUUUUAAGCUAUUAUUAUCAGUGCAUUGAAUAGCUUACCAGGAUGUGCAGUUCAGGCUUUAUACAGUGCUGCCGGAAAAGUAUAGAACCGAAAGGGUGUACAUGGCCUUUUUUCAUCGUAUAUUCCUGUAUUCCUACAUCAAUAAAAUAUUAGAAAUGGUUCACAUUUCUAGGUGUGCAUGGCCAUGCUUGGACAGAAACAUGCCAAGCAUGCCAAUAUUUUUUUCAACAGGCCUACAACAGCUGCACCUAUUCCACUAACUGAAAUCUUGUCUAUUUCAAUCAAGUGAAAUGUCAUUGUUCAAUGUCUUGAUGUUCCCCCUCUGUUACUGUGUAUUUGGAUCUGAUUCUUAUUCCCUGUAAAGUGAUCUUGGGUGUCUACUUGUAGUUAGUAAUAAAACA